AUGAUGGCUAAUCGAUUAGUUGGUCUUCGUAAUCAAGUUGGACGUUGUUUUAGUACAAGUGCGACACUUCUUCAAGGAGCAUUAGGACAACAAUCACCUUUACCAACACCAUCUGGUUCAUCACCAGAAUCAUUGGCAACACCACCAGUACAUGUAUUUGGUUUAGAAGGUCGAUAUGCAACAGCAUUAUAUUCUGCAGCAUCCAAACAAAAUAAACUCGAUCAAAUUGAUGCUGAUUUUCAAAAAUUAGGUCAUGUUUUGACACAAAAUAAAAAUAUUAUUGAUUUAUUUCGUAAUCCUGGUGUAUCACGUGAACAACGUUUAACAAUAUUAAAUGAAUUAGGUUUAUCUGAUAUGACAAAGUCAGCAAUUGAAAUACUUUUUGAUAAUCGACGAGAAAAAAAAUUAUCAAAAUUUGUUACUGUCAUGAAUCGUUUAAUGGCUGCUAAUCGAGGAGAAUUAUUAUGUCGAGUCAUUACAGCUAAACCAUUAGAUGAUAAAUCACGUAAAGAACUUGAUUCAGUAUUACAACAAUUUAGUAAAAAAGGUGAAAAACUUAAUGUUGAAACAACAGUUGAUCCAACAAUAAUGGGUGGUAUGAUUGUAGAAGUUGGUGAUCGAUAUAUUGAUAUGAGUAUUUCAAGCAAGAUCAAAGCUUAUACCGAUAUAUUAACAACCAACGUCUAA